GUCGGUGUCUUUGCUUUCCCGUCGCUUUUCGGUGCCGCUGCUCCCCCUCCUUUGGUGCACCCCCCAUCCUGGGGGGUGGGGACAGCCCCAUAUCUUGGCCCCUGUCCUCUCCGGGGAUGCACUGUGCCCCCUCCCCACGCCUGGCCGUGCAAAGCCAGCUGCCCUUGCCGGGGGGGCCGCGGGGACAGGAAGGGCGGUGACCCAAGGCGGGGACUUGGGGACACGGGCUUCAUCACUAAGGGGGGAAUAACCCCUCCCGGGGCUCCCCCCUGCGUCCCCUCCAUGGCAGCACCCCCACUUCACCCCCACUCCCCCGGCACACCCCACGUCAGAGCAGGGACAAGGGAUGAGACCAUUCCCAGUGGAGUGAGUUUGGGGGGGUCUCAGCGCCGUUGCUGGGGGGGCACCUCCAUCCCGCACCCCCCAGUGCAGGCUGUGCUGGGUUUGAUGUUCCCUGUGUGUAUCAUGGUUGGGCUGUGGCAGUCGGGGUGUCACCGUGUCACAGGGUUUUGGACUCCCCCAGCCCCAUCCAGCCCCACUGAUGCUGCACUGAGGGGCUGAACUCCCGUCACCCACCGCCGUGGGGCAGUGGGGGGAAACUGGGGUGCAAAGCCCAAACCCCAAUAUCUUGGAGUUAUUUCCUUAGGGUGUGGGGGACCAGCUCCUGGCCGUGGGUGUGCAGGGCCGGUGGUCAAGCAGGGCUAAGCCCAGGUAGCCCUGGGCCACCAGCUGCCACAUCGACCCCAGGGACCCCCCGGCCACAUCCCAGUGUCUUCCCAGGCGGGUGGGACCCCUCACCCCAAGAUGCUCAGGGCACCCCACGGGGCAGUCCCAAGGGCUGGCAGAGCUGGGGGGCUCAUCAGGGACCGGGGGGCAUCACCAGCCCCACACCGGGAGCCCCUGGGGGCCGCGGCCUCCUCGCACACCCCCAGCGGGUCCCUCCGUGUGCGGGAUGAGCAGGCUAAUCCCAUUUUAAUCCCAGAUUACGUGCCACGUGAGCCGCUGCCCAAAGCGGGCUGCAGCGUGGCCAUCGGGGCCGUGCAGGGCGAGGGGCCAGGGGUAGACACCCCACCCCAUCCAGAAGCUUUAGGGUGAGAACCAUGCAUCCCUGCUCUAAACUGGUUGGGGGGGUCCCAGCAUCCUGGCAGGGCUGGGGACCAGGAGAGCAGCUGGGCUGGCCCAGAUUCCUCGGGUGGGAGGAACUGAGCAGCUGGAGGAGGUGACAAUGUCCCCUUCAUCUCCUUCUGGAUGGGGUGGGCGUGUUGCUGUGAUCCCCUCAGCCAGGGAAACUGAGGCACAAAGCAUCCUAGUGUUCGCAGGAGGGCAGAUGGGCAGGGUGCACCCUCCACCCUAGGGGAUGGAAAAAUCCCAGGGGCCAGGCACUGGUGGCUUUUAAGGCCACUGAGAUGUCCCCGUGCAGUGGCACGGAAGCAAUGGGCUGUCAAUAGCCAAAGGGUCGCUCCCCUCUGCCGAGCGAUGCUCCGGUGGGGAGGGAAAGGGCGAUAAAAAGCAGGACAAAGGAGGAACUGGACACCGGUGAGACGCGGGUCGGGGACCCACGUGCUCCCCGCCGCGAUCGAGUUGCCGGUGGGGCCCUUGUGUGCCUCGGUGUCCCCCGGCGAGGCGGGCAGGAUGCUCGGUGCCUCUCCCGUGUUGUGUUUGUUUGGGGUUUGCUGCGGGAGGAGGAGGAGGAGGCCAGGGCUGGGCUGGGAAGCACAGGACGCCGUUCCCAGGGCUGGCGGGAACCGUCUGUUCGGGGAACUUGUGACCCCACCGUGUCCCCCCCGCCCUGACGCUGGCAGGGAGCCGGGGCAGCUGCGGGACCAUCGGGGUGUCCGUGCCCAGCAGCAUUGCAAGGGCAAGGGGAGAGGAGGAGGGAGAGGGGAGGAAGGCUGGGGGUCCCUGCCCGUGUCCCCCCCCCAGGACGAGGGGGUUUGUGCAGCCUGGCCCCUGGCCCGGGCGCUGAUGGCUUUGGCGGCUGCGAAAAGUCAAAUCCGGAUUUCCUCGGGGUGGGGAGGAGGGAACCGGCCUCUUCCCGCUGCAGCAGCAGCAGCUCUCCCCGCGGCCCCCCCGGGAUGUGCUGUGCAGGGGGGGCUGGCACCCCCACAACCCAGCGAGCCCCCACCAGCAUGUAGUCUGUCUGUCUGUCCAUCCCUCCUCCAUCGCUCUGUUUCCCCUGCAUCCCUGCCCAGCAUCUCUCCUGGCUCCAGCAAAGCACUGCAGGUACCCGGAGCACCGCCCUGGGAGCGGGGCACGGUGUUAUCCCCCCCUUGCCCCGCUCUCCCUCACCCUCCUGGCCAGGAAAAUCCCAAACACGCACCGGGGUGCCCUUAUCUCGGGGAGCAAGGGGGAGCAUGCGGGGGAUCUGCCAGCAAGGGCUGCGGGGAGAUUGGAGGUUGCCAUGGGCAGAGAAGCUGCCAUCGGGGCGGUGGCUCCCUGGCUGCACCAGAUAAGGUGUCCUCAUAUCCCCAAGACGGGGGGGCGACUGUUCCUGGGCUGGUUGUGCAGUCCCGACACCCCUCGCCAGCCCUUUUGGCUGCAUCGCGGUGUUUCUCCGCACCCCCGGCUUGGGCUUGUUUUCCUUCCCCGCCGGCAUCCGCAUCCACCCGUCCCCGCACCCACCCUCCCGCCGGCCUCUGGGCUUCCUCUGCCUCCUGCUCUUUGCCAUCUCAUCCAUCUGCUGGCUGCCACCGCUGCUGCUGCCACCGCGUCCCCACCGCCUGUCCCUGGCCCCCCCUGAGCCCCGAGCCCUAUGGGUGCGAGCCGCAGGCGGGGGGGCUGCCCUGGCUCUGCCACUGGAAAGUCUGAGCUCAUGGGUGCCCAGGGAUCGCCCGGACAAAGCUGCUUUGUGCCGCGCUCUGUGUCGAUCUGGGGGUGUCUGUCCCACCAGCACUGGUUUCUUCAGACCCCUGGGAGGUGCUGGGGAUGAGUAGGCAGCACCCGAGCCCCAGCGCGACGUUAGAACCCAGAGGGAUGUGGAACCACAGAGGCAGCGGACCCUGUGACUGACACAGCCCCGCCAGCCCACAGCUGAAUGGAAAGACUGCAGAAGCAACCACUGACCUCCCCUGGGAGCGUCUGUUCCUCCCGCGGCUCCAGCGUCCCGGGAUCGCCCUCCAGCAUUGUGGCUAAGAUGGACAACGAGGUUCUGGGCUACAAGGACCUGGCUGCCAUCCCCAAGGACAAGGCGAUCCUGGACAUCGAGCGCCCCGACUUGAUGAUCUACGAACCCCAUUUUACCUACUCGCUCAUGGAGCACGUGGAGCUGCCCCGCAGCCGGGAGCGCUCCCUGUCUCCCAAAUCCAUCUCUCCGCCUCCAUCUCCAGAGGUGAUCCGGGAGUGGCUGGAGAGCCGGACCCCCGGCAGUGCCCCCCAUCCCACCCCUCGCCAGGGCAGCAGCUCGACCCGCAGCAGCGUCCAGCACUUCCACCGACCUGAGACGGACACGACGGAGCUCAACAUCUACAAGAAGCCCCCGAUCUACAGGCAGAAAGACCAUCACCCCGGUGCCCACCAUGGGAAGCACCUCAUUGAGGACUUGAUCAUCGAAUCCUCCAAGUUCCCAGCGGCACAGCCCCCAGACCCAAACCAACCCGCUAAGAUUGAGACCGACUACUGGCCGUGCCCACCCUCGCUGGCCGUCGUGGAGACAGAGUGGAGAAGGCGAAUGGCCUCCAAGAGAGGGGAGGAGGAGGAGGAGGAUCUGACGGAGGAGAUGAAGAACCUGCGGGAGCUCCAGAGGCAGGAGCUGAGCAAGAUCACCUCCAACCUCGGGAAGCUGAUCCUGAAGGAGGAGAUGGAGAAAUCUCUCCCCAUCCGGAGAAAAACCCGCUCGCUGCCGGACCGGACGCCCUUCCACACGUCUCUGCACAUGGGCAGCUACAAGAGCUCCUCGCUGCCCGCCUCUGGCAGGAGCACCCUCACCCGGCUGCAGUCGGCAGAGUUCAGCUCGGCAGGCAGCGAGAAGAGCAGUCCGGGCCUGCAGAACGGCCAGCGCGGGCGCAUGGACAGAGGCAACUCCCUGCCCAGCAUGUUGGAGCAAAAGAUCUACCCCUAUGAAAUGCUGAUGGUGACGAACCGCGGCCGUGUGAAGCUGCCGCCCGGUGUGGACAGGACCAGGCUGGAGCGACACCUCUCCCCUGAGGAUUUCCUGCGGGUUUUCGAGAUGCCCCCCGAGGAGUUCGGCAAGCUGGCCCUGUGGAAGCGCAACGAGCUGAAGAAGAAAGCCUUCCUCUUCUGAGCCCGCCGAGCUCGCCCCGUGUCGCCGUGUAACCGCUUUAGGGCUCUCAGCCGGUUUUUACUAGGACCCCCCCCUUCCCCUCUGUCCCAGCACCCCCGGCUCUGCCCCCCCACCUCGCUCCUCCUGCGGGAAAAGGGCUCGGGGGGCUCAAACUGCCCUCGCUGCCGGGUUUGCAGGGGGGUUGAUGGGGCUGGGGGCAGACCCUGCGGCAGGGCAGGGACGGUUCAGCUGGGAGGGGAAGGUGUGUGGGGGUCUCUGUGCUUUGUGCCCCCCCCUCUUUGCCUGGGCACGCUGGCAGGGGCAGUGCCUGGCUCUGCUUUUGGUGGCUGGGAGUGUGUUGGCUUCGUUGUGUGGUCAGUGGGAUGGCUUUUCUCCUCCCUGGGGGGCAGCUGCCUCUGGGUGUCCCCCCAGGUGCCCCUCUGCCCUCCCACACUUUCACCCCAAGAAUUGGGAAGAUCCUGGGGACCCACUCACUGCCAGACUGAUGCUCUCCCAGCAAAGCCAGGCUGCCAUCCCACCUUGCCCCCCUCUAGCCCCCCACUUUUAACAUCCCCCCUGGUCCCUCCUGUGCCAACAGCGAUGGCCACAGGGACACGGACACUGCCAAAACCCGCCUGGCACCGGGCUGGCGGAGGGCAGGGCUGGGACGCUGCUGAGAUGGAGCAACGUGGGAUGGGGCAGGGGGGCCGGGGGUGUCUCUCCUGCUGCAGACACCCCCGCAGCGGGGUGAUGCAUUGGGAGGGAUGCAGCAGGGCCAUGGGGUACAAAGGAGCCGGGCACGGUUCGGUGGGCACUGAGGUCUGGCCCCCUGGCCGUGCAGGCAGGGCUCAGCACCUUCCCUUCUCUCACACCUCUCCCAUCCCCUCUUCGGGCACAUGUUUUGGGCAGGACCCUUCUGUCCCCGCACCCCUCGUCCCCCCCACGCUCCCCGGUUUCUGUUUCCAGCCACUUUCCAGCCGCUAGACCUUGUUGGGAUGUAAAGAAUGUAAUUUAUCGGGAAAUCACUGGCCCAUACUUGCCUUUCACUGCUACUCUACAAACGACAUAUCUAUAAAUAUAUAUAAAAAUAUGGGUUGUUUUCUGACUGGACUACAGUGAUUCACUUUCUCUGUUUUUUUGUUUUGUUUUGUUUUGUUUUUGUUAUAGUUUUAUUUUAUUUGCUGGUGUCGGAGAAUCCGCGUGAGAGUGAUUUUUUGCUUACAAUUAAAGGUGAAAUGGCUUUA